AUACUGAGAAACAUCUCUCUAGCUACUACAUCUAAUAUCACGUACUGCUUCAGAGCAAGAGAUAUUAGAGUGAGAGAAAAGAGAGAGAGAGGGUUCAGGUUGUUUCUGUUGUGAUCAAAGCUAAAGACAUGGCCAUUCAUCAACCAUUGACUUUGGCUUUUGGCCUCUUAGGCAACAUCAUCUCCUUUAUGGUUUUCCUUGAUCCAAUGCCAACCUUUUAUACAAUUUACAAGAAAACAACGGAAGGGUUUCAAGCACUGCCAUAUGUGGUGGCACUCUUCAGCUGCAUGCUGUGGAUUUACUAUGCGCUGCUCAAACAGGACGCCACAUUGCUCAUCACUAUCAACUCUGUUGGCUGCGUCAUUGAGACUGCCUACCUUGCUAUUUUCCUUUUUUAUGCCCCCAAGAUGGCCAGGAUCUCAACUUUGAAACUUCUGCUGUUGCUCAACGUGUUCGGAUAUGGCUUGAUGACUGUGCUGACUCUCUUUCGUACGAAAGGUGAAAAGCGUCUCAAGGUUGUGGGCUGGAUCUGUCUUGUCUUCAAUCAAACCGUGUUUGCUGCACCUCUAUGCAUCUCGGUAAGCACCUAGUUAGACAAGGGCUAAACCUAGCUAGCUAGCUACAUCAACUAUAUAUUGGUGUUCUAGCUUCUUCAUAUAUUUCGGUUAAUUAACUUGUUGGUCAUGAUUAAAACUGGAGAAAAAAGUGAUACGGCCGUAGGGUGUUGAGUUCAUGCCAUUUCUUCUUUCAUUUUUCCUGACAUUGGGUGCAGUCAUGAGGUUCUUCUAUGGUUUUCUGCUCAAGGACUACAACAUAGCUUUUCCAAACAUACUGGGGGUCAUCUUUGGGAUUGUGCAAAUGGUGCUAUACAUAGUGUACAAGAAUGCCAAGAAAGUACUUCUGGAGGAGCCAAGCAAGGUUCAGGAGCUAUCAGACGAUAUUACUGAGGUGCUGAAUAUCAGCACCAUGGUGUGUCCACACCUAACCCCAGUGGUUCUUCAGCCAAAUGACAUUAACCUCAUUGAAGUAGUACUUGACCCAAAUAAUAUUAUCAAGGAAAUCAAGACCGAAGAAACCAAGGAAGACAUGGACGAUGCCACCACUAAAGUCUAGUUUAUAAUAACAAUUUAAUUAAUGAAGGAAUUGACAUGCAUGCACCAUGUUCCUAGAGCUAUUAUCCGUACCCUUGUCUAAAGGUUAAUUGGGUGUUAAAGUAGGGUUUAAUUGUCAAUUAGGGGUGCUAAUGUUAUGGGAAGUCUCUUGUACUAUAUGUCCCUCUAAUAAUGA